ACAACGAUAAAUGUGAGUUUUUACAUAACUUAAAUAAGAACAGAUUUACUGACUUUCUACGUGAUAAUCAACUGAAGCAUGGCCAAGAACCGAGGAUUCAACGUUAAUAAACAUGUGAUUCCGGCCACCGUUUCACCCUCAAUUCCAACAAAAUACCAAUGUGUGGUGAUAUCAAAUGAAGAAAAGAAGGGGUUUUCAUCUCAAACUAGGAGAUUCCCUUCACAAGUCUGUCUGAGUGAAAAUCCAGGACCAGGCAGCUAUGGAGUAAUGUCCAGCCCUGAAGUCGAAAGUCCUUCCUUCUCAAAGAAAGGCACCACAGGUUUUGUUGCAUCCAAGACUGCCAGGGCUUCCAGUGACCCGCGAAGAGACCUCCCAGGACCAAAUGCAUACAACCUGCAGAGCACCUUCAUAAACAAGAAUAACUUCAGCAUUGGACUCUCCAGGGUGUUCAGGUUGCCUGUGGCUGUGCAGCUGGAUGGUCCGAAGCACGAAACUCCAGCCCCGAAUCAAUAUGAUGUCAGUUGUGAUAGAAGAAAGAGCUUUUCCUCAGUGGUUGGUACAUCAACUUUCCUGUCAAAAACUGGACGUGACACUUUUUACCCAAACAAAAAUGUGCCAUCGCCAUGCCACUAUGAGGUGAGCGGCCACUUUAUCCAGAACGGCUCCAAGGCAGUCUCGUCCCCCUUCAAAUCAAAAACUCCGAGAUUCCCUCCUCUGAUUGACCACCGCGUACCAGGCCCAGGAGCCUACAGUCCCCAUCAGACCCCUGCACCGGUGAAGAGGGCCGUCCUGCCGAGGGGAUUCUAUUUGGCAAUGUCAACACCUGCUAAGAUUGUGCCCAAGGACCCUCCCUGGCCAGGCCCUGGGCACUAUGACAUCAGGGAUUCUAAUGGCCUGUCUAAGCAUCCCAUGCCCACAGCUGCAUUUGCAUCCAGAUCUGAAAGGAUACCACAAAACUCACGGGCCGCCAUGAUGCCAGCUCCAGGUUUCUAUGAUCCACAGAUUCCACAGAAGCAGUCCUUCUUCUACAACGACUCCAGAGUCUGGCUUCCCGUAUAAAGCUUUCAGGGAAACCUGCACUGCAGAUAUGUACAACUCUCACACACAUGAACUAUCUGUAUUAAAAAGUAAACCAUAAACUUGAUUUCUCCAGAGUGGUGAUAUAAGGGAAGGCAAAUCUUUUGAAAGGCCGUAUGUUUUAUCCUCAUCCUGAUGCUCUUAUCUGUAGAUGACAUAGAAGUAGGAGUUGCUGGGUAACCGACAGCUGCUGGUCCGAUCAGUGGUGCGCCAUGGUAACAGCUGAGAGCUUGAGAUGACACCACUGUGCCAACUGCUAGAGGGCAGACAGAGGGGUGGAGUGCGACUGUAUGUGAGCAAUGUGACUGACCGGGCCUGAGGCAGCAGGGUGGUGUUUAACCCCCGAAGAACAAAUGGACACAUCGGUCAUCAGCCUUUAUCGGAUGUUAUAUUGUUGGUGUCAUUUUCAUAGAAAAAGGCUUUAAAAUUCCUACUGCACACUACCUGCUCAGCAGUAAACAGCAGACAGACACAGUUAGAGAGCUGGUGAGAAUAUUGUAGUAUUUAGCAGCUCAA